CGCUCCUCGCGGCGAGGGCUCGGGGCGCUGUGGGGGUGGCGCCAGAAACCGCUUUCUCUUCAGCCCGUGAACUGCUGAAAGAUGUCUGACCAGAACCAAAUUGCUGCCAGAGUUUCACUUAUUGAGCAACUAAUGUCUAAAAGGAAUUUUGAGGAUCUUGGCAACCACCUUACUGAACUUGAAACUGUUCAUGUGACUAAGAAGCAUCUGCAGGAGACACACGUGGUCAGAGUUAUGUACAGAGUCCUCAAAGACUGUCCUGUGGUGGCUUUGAAAAAGAAAGCCAAAGGUUUGCUGUCCAAGUGGAAACCUCUUUAUAAAAAGACUCAUGCCAAACCAACUGACAACUGUGAAUCAUGCCGUAGGAGUGGUAACAAAGAAAAAAAUUCAGGACUUUGUCCUGGACCAAGUCAAGCUGAGAUAUUAGAAAGCUCCAGAUCUGAUUCUCUGCUACCAUCCCAGGAUGCUCCAAAAGCCAACAAAACGAUUGUGCCAAAAAAUAAUGCUGUUCAAGUGGAACCUCUGGGAAGUCAUUUCAGGGGUGGUGAUCCUCAAACCCAUGGCAAAUCAAGUGAGUCACUGGGAGAGCUGCUUUAUGAAGCUUUAUCUAGCUCUUCCACAGCUCCACCAAAAGCUGACAUGUGGCAGACAUUUGCCAGAGAAAUCGAAGAGCACAUUUAUACCCUUUAUUCAGAAAACCCCCAAAAAUACAAAACUCGUAUCAGAAGCAAAGUUGCUAAUUUGAAGAAUCCCAGAAAUUCUCAUUUACAACAAAACUUGCUCUCUGGGACCAUGUCAUCAAGAGAAUUUGCCGAAAUGACUGUUAUGGAAAUGGCAAGCAAGGAACUGAAGCAGUUGAGAGCUUCCUACACAGAAUCUUGUAUACGGGAGCAUCACCUUCCCCGAGUAAAUGACGGCACAGAGACAAAGAACAUAAAAUGCAGACGCUGUGAGAAAUUUAAUUGCAGGGUCACCAUAACAUCCAGAGGAACACUUUUCCUUCCAAGUUGGGUGCGUAGUUCAAACCUAGAUGAAGAAAUGAUGGCCUUUGUGAUUUGUAAUGAAUGUGGGGAGCAGUGGUACCAUAGCAAGUGGGUGUGCUUAUAAUUGCAAAUAAAUGCUCUCCUAACCACAGAUAA